AUGCCACACAAGAGAGCUGGCCGCGAGAAGGAGACCACCCCUACCUCAACUACGACUGCGACCUCUCAAUCCGCCCGGGCCGACCUGAGCGAUAGAAAAGCUUUCGCCUGGAGACACAAGUCCGGCAAUAUUUACGGGACGUUCUUCAGUCGGUCGAGCGAUGGGGCUAAAGUCGGUAUUUACUCUGUCGGCGAUAUCAUUGUCCAACGAGAUAUUGCCUAUCAAGGAUUACAAACAGAUAUUCUACCUUCGUAUGCGAUGAUGAACCUACAUCGAAGCCAGUCCAUGAGCAAUAGCCAAUUGAUCGAAGUUCCUACUGCCCCUGAAGAGAGCUGGAAGGACGAUCGUAUCCCCUUGACCGUGUCCGGUGAAUCGGCGAUGAUCAGGAAGAACACUUGGCCGGAAGAGAUCAAAAGCUUAGUGUAUGAAUGGAAAUCCCAACCUUCGGCUAAGAUUGGAGGCUUCACGAAAUCACUAUAUCUGGACAAAGCAGAGUUGCGAAGCUUGCAAAAGACAACGUUCAUUCCCGUGACAGAAGAGAAUUAUACUUUGAUCAAUGGAAGGCCAGGAACAGGACAUGAGGAUAGACCUGCACGAAGAGCUCCAAUUGAAUAUCAAUGGGGAGGAGCUCAUACGUGGUAUCAGUUCAGUGUUCCGGGACUAGCCAGCUCGAGCUGGACUGAUGAAGACAUCCGAGAGCUUCAUCCGACAGAGAAAGAGAUUGAUGAUCUACUCAAGGGUAUGGAGGAUGUCACGUGGUUCACUAUCAGUGUCCCGACUAGAUCAGAUCAUGUAGAGGUGUAG